CAAAAUGACCUGUAGCCGCCAUAAGGCAGCUAACUCCACACUCAUGACUUUUGACCGAGUUGCCCUGACACUCACGGGCCCAUCGCUGACUCCCGCUUCUAGCUGGCCUCGCUGACUCUCGAUUGAUGAGCUUUCGCGCAACUCAUCCACACCGCAAGCCAACAUCGGAGCGGGCUAGGCAGGACUGUCGCCCGAGAGAUCCGUCACUAGCGCCGAUAUCGAGCAACUCUUCGAUCGCUGCAGCCUAGCGCCGAGCACCAACGUGGAGCGGGCGUUGCAAAGGCUACACCGCCAAGACACGGGUAGCGCGUGAGCUACACAGGCUUGAUUUUCGAGCAGUGUGUCAUGUCGUCGGCAUCGCUGAGUCGGUUAUUGCGUCAAGACAUCACCUCUGCUCCUGGCCUUGUCAGUCUGCUCCUCGCACUUGGUCUCGGCUACUAUCUCGGCACCAAAGCAUCCUCCGGAAGUAGCUUCAGGCAGCUAGGUCCCAGAAUCAUAAGAGGAAAAGGAGCGCAAGAUCAAGACGACUCCGACGAGGACUCGGACGACGAGGACCUGGGCGAAGUGAUCGACGAAAAGGAUUGGGUCAACAUGCAGAGCUUGAGAGCAAAGCUCAUGGAGGAGUGCAAAUUGGUCCUGAUAGUGAGGACAGAUCUCAAAAUGGACAAGGGAAAGAUCGCAGCGCAAUGCGGCCACGCGACCCUUGCGUGCUACAAGACCAUGAUGGCUGCUAACCCAGAUAUUGUGAGGCAGUGGGAGCGUAUAGGCCAAGCCAAAGUGGCACUCAAGUGCUCAAGCGAGGAAGAGAUGAGAAGGCUGGAAGAGUCAGCAAAGGCCCUCAACUUGUGCGCAAGGAGUAUACGGGACGCCGGGCGUACACAGGUCGCAGCAGGCUCUCGAACAGUGCUGGGGAUUGGCCCGGGUCCAGUAAAGCUGAUAGAUCAGGUCACCGGUCAUUUGAAAUUGCUAUAAUUAUCACGAGU